AUGACUUGGAGUCAUCAAGGAUAUGCUGCUGUUGGUUUAAGUAUACCUUUUGGUUUGGGUGUUGUAGUCUCUGCUGUUUUAUUCUAUCUUAUACGCUGGCGUCCUAGGACAUUUUAUCGUAUGAUUGAAGCAAUGUUUUCAAUUAAACACUAUGAAGCAACACUAUCUGACGACAGAGAAUUUAUUGAUAUAUACGGUGUUCAAAUUGGCUUACCAGCAAGUACUCUUGGUUUUCUACCUCCUUUGGCCUUACUUAUUAUGGCAACAGCUGUCUUAACAGCUACGUUCGUUCUUUUCUUCUCCGAACUUAUUUUAAUUAGCUAUUAUGUUUCUCCGAAUAGUAAAUGUCCAUCGGACGAUGAAAUGGACUGCUACACAACUAUUAACGGUACAUAUUUUUUUUGUAAUUCAUCUGACACGAGAAUUGAUGCGUCACUAGGGAGUCUGGAUGAACGGGAGAUUGAAGGCGAUUUUCUGGUUGCCGCUGAUGGCGGUAACUCCGCUGUCCGUCGUCAGUUCUUUCCGAAUCAUGACCCACGCAUCAUUACAUGUGUCUCAGGAGUGAUAGCAAAGGUCCCCGUUACACCUGAGUCCGAAGUCGAACGUAUCAUUCAACGUACUCCACUUCGUAAUGGUAUGGUCACAGUUGCUAAACCAGGACAAACAUUCUUUGCCGCGCGACACAUUCUUCGUUCAGAUCAGGAGCGUCUCGAUGAAGAUUUUCUUUGGAGUAAUUAUCGGUCCUACAUUUACUGGGUUCUUAAUACAUCUCUUGCCGAUGUUCGAUCAAUCGCUCAAGAGCAGUCUCCAUACAAACUAACCGGUGAUCAACUGUUUGAUCAUGCAUGCGAUCUUGUGCAUGGAUUCCAUCCAGAUGUUCAUUCUCUUAUCCGUCAAUCGGAUCCAGCUUCGGCAGUAUGA